AUGAUAUUAUCAAUAUUUACUACUUUAUAUAUCAUAUUAAUUGCACAAGGAGUUCAAGCAUGGUGGUAUCAACCAGUUGGUUAUGGUUUUGGUUAUCAUCAUGCUUCUUGGUAUCAUCCUUAUCCUGCUUUUGGUCCAAUGCCAUAUUAUCAGCCUCAUCCUUAUCAUCCUUAUCACUAUGCUGAUAUUCAUCACAUGUAUUCUGCACAUAAAGGUGCACAAAUUGGUGCUGCACUUGGUUCAUUGGCUGCAAAUCUUGGUAGGAAGAAGUGA